UUGUCUGAAAAUUUGAAGCACGAAAUGUAUGAAAAAGUAAUAAUGAAACUAACAGCUGCUGUGUGUGAACUCAGUUAAACUGAUAGUUUAUGUGUGUUGAAUGAACAGCUGCUGAACUGAGUCUCCUGCGGUUUGUUCAGUGAUAUGAGGGAUGUGGCGAGACCUUUAUUUUCUACAUGAAGCUAUUGGAGAAACCGGCGGACGCAGUCUGAAAGCGAAAAUAAUUUCAUAAACACUGGAAGUAUCGCUCGUAAUCUGUGAUCAUGGUGAACUGUCGCUCGCUCAUGUUAACGGUAUUUAUCUGCAGUCUCACACACGCAGCUAAACUCAAUAUCCCGAAAGUGUUAUUACCUCUGGCCAGAAGCACGAAAAUCAAUUUUACACUGGAAGCAACCGAAGGGUGUUAUCGAUGGUCAUCGAACCGGCCAGAGGUGGCCAGUAUCGAGGCAGUAGAUGUGGAUGAGCGUCAGUGUUCUCAGAGGGCCAUCCUGCAGGCGCGUUCAACUCAACCGGCCAGACUCACCAGCAUCAUACUCGCUGAGGACAUCUUGACGGGGCAGGUGCUGCGCUGUGAUGCUAUAGUGGAUGUGAUCAGUGAGAUCCAGAUCGUCUCCACCACACGAGAGCUUCACCUGGAGGAUUCUCCACUGGAGCUCAAGAUACAUGCGCUGGACUCAGAGGGAAACACGUUCAGUACUCUAGCCAGUCUGUUGUUUGAAUGGACUAUUGUGAAGGAUGCUGAAAUGAUAGGAUUCCCUGAUUCCUACAACUCACUACGGGUUCUGAGGUUUGCGGAGUCAGCAUACACUCCUCCAGCUUAUAUCUCUGAGAUGGAGCGAGUGGGACAUCAGGGAGACAUCAUCCUCGUUUCAGGAAUCAAAACCGGCCACGCCAAACUCAAAGCCAAAAUACAAGAAGCUCUCUAUAAGGAUGUUGGUGCUGCAGAGGUCAGAUUGUUGAUUCUUGAAAACAUCCUCUUGAGUCCUGCGUAUGAUGUUUAUUUGCUUGCUGGAACCUCCAUCAAAUACAAAGUUCAGAAAAUCCGUCAAGGAAAGAUCACGGAGCUGCCCAUGCCGUGUGAUCAGUAUGAGCUUCACCUGCAGAACAGUGUCAUCUCUGCUGAUGGAGACCCACAUGUUCCGGUGGCAAACUUAGACCAGAGCAGCUCAACUGUGUUUGCAGUUCAACACGGACACACCAACAUCCUUCUGGACCACAAGAGUCUUGGGAUGCAGGGAAUUUCUCGUCUGCCCAACAGCACUAUAUAUGUGGUGGAGCCCGGAUACUUGGCAUUUAAGAUUCAUCCUGAGGACCGCUGGGUUCUUGAGACGGGGAGAACAUAUGAGAUCUUCAUUGAAGUGUUUGAUAAAUCAGGUCACAAGAUUCAUCUGUCUGAUAAUAUCCGUAUAGAAACAACAUUCCCAGUGGAGUACUUUGAGCUUCUGGAAUCUUCUCUCAAUGGAUCUCACCAUCAUGUGAAAGCUUUGAAAAAUGGUCAAACCGUCAUUGAUGCCACACUCAAAGCCGUUGUUGAUCAAACAGGAAGUGUCCAUGCGCUCUCUGUUCCUGUGCGUAAUGAACAGGACGUGGAGAUCUACAACCCCAUAAUCCUCACACCCGCCAUCCUCACAUUUCCAUGGCAACCUAAAGAGGGAGCGUACCAGUAUACAAUCAAGGCGACUGGUGGUAGUGGAAACUUCAGCUGGUCGUCCACUAACUUGGCCGUUGCCACGGUUACAGUGAAAGGAGUGAUGACCACUGUCAGUGAUGUUGGAGUCAGUGUGAUCUUCGCUCAUGACAUGAGAAACUCACUGCACUACGGAGACAUGAAGGUGUAUGUGAUCGAGCCGGUGGGGAUGGAGUUCAGUCCCUGCGCUGUGGAGGCUCGUGUGGGUUUGAAUCUGGAUCUGCCGCUGCGGAUCUUCGGUCAAUUGAGUGGAGAGAGGGUGACGCUCAGUGACUGCUCACACUUUCACAUGCAGGUGGACAUGGAGAGUCAUGGCAUAUUUCAGCUGCUGGACGGUCGGCUGGCUCCUGGUCAGGGUCACUGCAGCGGCGUUCGGGUUAAGGCCUUGACACCCGGUUACACUAACUUGCAGGUUAGCUACACCCACAGCAACGUUCACCUCAGUGCAAAGAUCACCAUUGCUGCCUACCCUCCUCUGAAGUCGAUAGACCCUGUGUCUGUUGCCGUGGUGACGUUGGGCUCCUCUAAAGACAUGACCUUUGAAGGUGGCCCCAGACCCUGGGUCCUAGAACCUUCCAAGUUCUUCAGAAACCUGACGGCUGAAGACCACACCAGCGUUGCACUGUCACUGUACGGACCCGCCUCACGAGCAUACUCCACACAUCUGCUCCGAGCCACCUGUCGAGCUCUGGGAGAACAGGUGUUAGCAGUGACUGUUGGUAACCAGCCCACCGUGACGAACCUGUUCCCUGCAGUGGAGCCAGCAGUUGUGAAGUUCGUGUGUGCACCUCCAUCACGCUUUAUGUUGACCCCCGUCUACACAAAUCCACAGCUGGACGUGUCCUGCCCACUGCUGCAGCACAACAAACAAGUGGUGCCGGUUUCUAACUAUCACAACCCAGAGCUGGACGUGACUGCAUUUGAUCAGCAGGGCAGGAGGUUUGAUAACUUCAGCUCUUUGAGCAUCAUCUGGGAGUCAUCUAAAGUGUCGCUGGCGAGUAUUGAGCUGACAAUGCCCAUGCAGUUGCACUUACACGAGGACGACAGCAAACAGAAGAAACUUCACGGUCGUCAGACGGUUCUUGUGCAUCAUGAAUCAGGCGUUGCAGCCAUCACAGUGAUGGCAGUGGGCUAUCAGACAUCUCACCUGCAGGCAGCAGCGGUUUCCAGUGGGUUUGAGCCAAUGACUGCCAUCUCCUCCACACUGGAGCUGCUGCUAGUGGAGGAUGUGCGAGUGACCCCUGACACCAUCACCAUAUACAACCACCCUGAUGUGACGGCUGAUCUGACUCUGAGAGAGGGUUCAGGUUAUUUCUAUGUCAACACAAGUGUCGGGGGAAUCGCUGAUGUCUCGUUCCAAGAGUCUCAGGGAAUUGCUCAGGUGGUCCCAGUACAGGCAGGGGUCUUGCAGGUCAUGGUUCAUGACCUCUGCUUGACGUUUCUGUCCCCCACCACAGCUACAGUCCACAUCUCUGAUAUUCUGGAGGUUUAUGUGCGGGUGGUCGACAAGGUGGAGAUCGGCAAGUCGGUGAAAGCGUUUGUUCGAGUUUUGGACAGCAACAAGAAGCCCUUCCUGUCCAAAUAUUUCUCUGUGAUGAACCUCAAACUGAGGGCAGCUUCAUCCAUCAUCUCUCUGCAAGCUCUGUCAGAUUCAUCAGAGGACGAUACGGCCACAUUCCUGGUGAAAGGGCUAGUGAUUGGUCAGACCAGUGUGUCUGCUGUGGUCAUAGACAAAAAUGGACGAAAAAUCUCCUCUGCACCACAACAGAUUGAAGUAUUUCCCCCCUUCAGAAUGCUGCCCAGGAAAGUCACUCUAAUAAUUGGGGCAAUGAUACAGAUCACAUCAGAAGGAGGACCACAACCACAGUCCAACAUCCUCUUCUCUCUGUCGGAUGAGAACAUCGCCUCCAUCAACAGUCUGGGACACGUCCAGGGCCUGUCUGUGGGCAACAUGAGCGUGACUGGUGUGGUUCAGGCGGUUGACACGGAAACAGGCAAACUAGUGGUGGUGUCACAGGAUCGAGUGGAUGUUGAGGUGGUCCAGCUGAAGGCCAUCAGAAUCAGAGCCCCCAUCACCAGGAUCAAGAUGGGAACACUGAUGCCAGUGUAUGUGAUGGGGAUGACCAGCAGUCAAACACCUUUCUCUUUUGGGAACGCUGUACCAGGUCUGACCUUCCACUGGUCUGUGAUGAAGAGAGACAUACUGGAUGUGCACACACGACACGCAGAGGCGUCAGUGCAGCUCAGUGCCGAGCACAAUUUUGCCAUGAGUGUGUUUGGCAGGAGUAAAGGACGCACUGGACUGAAGGUGAUCAUGAAGAGCAGCGUUCCUCUCGCCGGACAUCUGCAGGACAACACACUGGAACUACAUGAUGAGAUACAGAUACAGGUUUAUGAGAAACUGCAGCUGUUGAACCCAGAGGUUCAUGCCGAAGAGAUACUGAUGUCACCAAACUCACUGCUGAAACUACAAACCAACAGAGAUGGAGUGGGCUCUCUGUCGUAUCGUGUGCUGGACUGUCCCGACACAGCUGCUGUCAUUCAGGUGGAUGAUAAAGGUCAUGUGACCUCUGGACCACUGACAGGAACUGUAUCACUGCAGAUCUGCUCACAGGAAACCUUCGGCGUCAAUCAAACCAUCAUCAUUGCUGUCAAGGUGGUGACCGUGUCAUAUCUGCGUCUGAGCACGAGUCCAGUGUUGUACACCACUAACAGAGACACUGUGUCUGCCAUACCGCUGGGAGCUGUCCUGACCUUCACUGUUCAUUUCCAUGACAACACCGGAGAGAUGUUACACAGCCACAACUCACUGCUCACCUUCUCCAUUAACAGGGAUGAUCUGGUGCAGGUUGGUAAGGGUUUGAGUAACUGCACACUGACCGUGCGGACGGUGAAUGUUGGUUUGACUCUGCUGGCGGUUUGGGAUUCAGAGCAGACCGGACUCGCCGAUUACCUGGCCUUGCCCGUUCAACAUGCCAUUCAUCCAGCCGAAGCCCGGAAACUGGUGGUGGGAGACGUUGUGUGUUUCUCAGCACAGUUUGUCAAUCAGGAUGGUCUGUCAGGUGUGUGGAGCUCGUCGUCCAGUGCUGUGCUGCAGGUGGAGUCCAGGACCGGUGUGGCUGUAGCCAGAGACACAGGAACAGUCACUGUGUACUACGAGAUACCAGGUCAACUCCGCACUUACCGGGAGGUUUUGAUUGAAGGUGCAUCUCGGACAACUGUCAUGAUUCCCUCAGUGAAGAGAGACAGAGACUCAAGAGUGCUGAUGUCCACCAGAGAUGGAGGAAGUAACCUCAUCGGCAGCUGCUCCUCUUCUCAGUCAGACAGCAUCAGUCUGCUCCACCCAGAAUCCUCCAUCAGCUGUCAGCUUCACUUCACCAGCAGUGCUGUGGAUUUCUCACCUCAUGACGUCUAUCAAACUCACACAGCGUUUGACACCAGCACAGGUUUCUACAGCUGUGUGUUGAGUUUUAAAGGCAUGAGUGAUCAGCAGUUGAAGGUGUUGAGUAUGUCCAUGACGGAUGUGGAGGUGUCGGCUGCUGUACAGGGCAGUCACUUCACUGCACAACAGAUCAGUGUUCGGCUGCCGGUCAAUCCAGGAAUCUACGCUGAUCAGACUGAUAUCAUCCUGAGUAACCAGCACACAUCUGCUGAGCUCAACGUCUAUGGGACUACAGCUGCUCUACAACAACUAGAUGUGAAGAGCAGUUCUCCUGCGAUCCUGAUAAAGGAGAAGGAAGUUUCCCAGGGUGUUCCCAGUUUCAUCAGAUACACAGUUAGUGUGGUGAAGCCGCAGAGCGCGCUGACAGCGUUUUUGUCUAUAAGCAGCGCGUCCAGUGAUCAGGUGCUGCACAUCCCUGUAUCUGUUAUGCAUGUAGCAGCCAGCAGCACUUCUAUGCAAGCACAAAUGACAGAUGCAACGGAUGGAGCCAAUAUUUUUCAGCAGUUUAUUGACUCGUAUCAAGUGAUGUUCUUCACUCUGUUUGCUCUUUUGGCUGCCACAGCUGUGGUCAUCAUUGUCUGCCAUGCGCUGUUUUCACCGAGAGAUCCUGUCAGUCAUCCUGCAUUCAUACAGAGGUCUCCGCCCCCUGCAGGUGUCGCUAAACUGACUGAAAGCCCCUUUAACAACAGUGUGUCUUCAGAAGUGAAGAGAAGCCCACGAUUACACUUGUAUUCACCCGACUAUAACUCCAGAUGAACUCUUCCACCUGAUGACUGAAGAUGCAGUGCCUUACCAGUGCUUACCAUAGCUUUUCUUCAUUCAGAUGUGCUGAGAUGCUAUUGCUUUGUGCUUGUUUGAAUUCUAUAAAUUGAUGGUUGGACUUGUUAGUUAUUCAAUAGCUUCAUUUUUUGUUUGAGAAAUUCUAAUUUUGUGACAAUUUUGCUGUUAAACAUGUUAAUCUGAUUUGUUUUUGAAGCUCAGGACAACCUUUAUACUAAUGUGAGCUUGUGGUUUGGUAAAUGACGUAGCAUGUUAUGUUGUGAAUAGUGCAACCACUGAAUCCGUCCAAAGUGCUCUUAAAAAGUGUUUAUGCAGAAACUAAUGGCCAGUCAUCUUAUUUUAUUAUUGAUUUUAAACGUGUUAAAGAACUUUGAAGAACUCUUUUGAGUUGAUAAUAGUGCAGCUUUCUUCAGUUAUUAAUGUGAAAAGAAUGUUAAAUGAGUUGAAGGGCUUCAUUCAGUUCAAAUGCUAUAGAAGAUGUAAAGAGAUCAUGAAAGACGGAGUGACGGAGUGACUAGUUUGCUGUAGAAAUGAAGUACCAGUCAAACAAUGCAUACAUUACACUGAUCCAUUUAUUACUGUGAGUUCUCGUUCAACAUUGUGACUGUUUUUGACUAAAUAAAUGCCAGUCUUAGUUAAAGUGACACUGAAAAUGAAUCAAGACUGUUUCUUCUAAUAUCUGCCUCGUUAAGUGACCUAUAAAACUGCAGUACUGAAUACAAUGAGGUAUUAUGAUUUGUCAAUGUUUGACUGUUUAAUCUGUAGAUGUAAACCACUUCUGAGCCUUCGACAAUGUGAGUUUGCUCCGUCAAUCUUACUUCCCUCAGAUUCAGAACGUUAAUAAUAGCAUUUCAGAACAGCCUUUAUUUACAUUAUGCUUUUGUAGCAUGUUUGUGAUCUGUAAUUUAAAAAAAAUAAAUAUGCUUUUUAUAAGUAUCACCUACUCUGGUUUUUACUUUGACAAUUCACAUUUGCCAUUUACUCCUGUUGUCCAAGCAUUAUGAAUUAUGUUUCUAAACAUGAUACAAGACAGAUGUUGUAAAAUUCUUUACUAAAAUUUGGUAGCUGGAGUUCCAUAGAAAUUUGUCUUUAAUAGCAUUUGUAGGCAGAUAAUAGAUGUAAUGAAAAGUGAAUUUCAAAAGCACUGG